AAUGACGAUCCAAGAUGGCUGCGCCCGUGUAAUCCCGGCGGCAGCUGACCUCUGAUUCUUUCCUCCUGUCACCUGGCCCCAGGGGUUGGUUAGCUGAGUACGAAGAUCAUGCUGGGCCGGACCCUCCGAGAAGUUUCUGCAGCUUUGAAACAAGGCCAGAUUACACCAAAAGAACUCUGUCAAAAAUGCCUCUCCCUUAUCAAGAAGACCAAGUUUCUAAAUGCUUACAUCACUGUAUCAGAAGAGGUGGCCUUAAAGCAAGCAGAAGAAUCAGAGAACAGACACAGGAAAGGCCAGUCACUGGGGGACUUGGAUGGAAUUCCUAUUGCAGUGAAAGACAACUUUAGUACAUCUGGCAUUGAGACAACAUGUGCGUCGAACAUGCUGAAAGGUUAUAUACCACCUUAUAAUGCCACAGUGGUUCAGAAGUUGUUGGAUCAGGGAGCUCUACUAAUGGGAAAAACAAACUUAGAUGAGUUUGCUAUGGGAUCUGGAAGCACAGAUGGUGUGUUUGGACCAGUGAAAAACCCCUGGAGUUAUUCAAAGCAAUAUAGAGAACAGAGGAAGCAGAAGCCGCACAGCGAGAGGGAGGAUGCGGACUGGCUCAUCGCUGGAGGAAGCUCCGGGGGCAGCGCGGCUGCUGUGGCAGCGCUCACAUGCUUCGCAGCUUUAGGAUCGGAUACUGGAGGAUCCACGAGAAAUCCUGCUGCCCACUGUGGGCUUGUUGGCUUCAAACCAAGCUAUGGCUUAGUUUCUCGUCAUGGCCUCAUUCCCCUGGUGAAUUCAAUGGAUGUGCCAGGAAUCUUAACCAGAUGUGUGGACGAUACAGCAAUUGUGUUGGGUGUACUGGCUGGACAUGACCCCAAAGAUUCCACUACAGUACAAGAUCCUGUAGAGCCAUUCACACUUCCCAGUCUGACAGAUGUGAGCAAACUAUGCAUAGGAAUUCCUAAGGAAUAUCUUGUGCCAGAACUGUCACCUGAAGUACAUUCUCUUUGGUCCAAAGCAGCUGACCUUUUUGAUUCUGAGGGGGCCAAAGUCAUUGAAGUGUCCCUGCCCCACACCUGCUACUCAAUCGUCUGCUACCAUGUGUUGUGCACGUCAGAAGUGGCAUCGAAUAUGGCAAGAUUCGAUGGGCUGGAGUAUGGUCACAGAUGUAACGUUAAUGUGUCCACUGAAGCCAUGUAUGCCACAACCAGACGAGAAGGGUUCAAUGAUGUGGUGAGAGGAAGAAUUCUCUCGGGAAACUUUUUCUUAUUAAAAGAAAACUAUGAGGACUAUUUCAUCAAAGCACAGAAAGUGAGACGCCUCAUUGCUAACGAUUUUGUGAAUGUUUUCAACUCGGGAGUGGAUGUCCUGCUAACGCCCACCACCUUAAGUGAGGCUGUGCCGUACUUGGAGUUCAUCAAAGAAGACAACAGAACACGAAGUGCUCAGGAUGAUGUUUUCACACAGGCUGUCAAUAUGGCAGGACUGCCAGCAGUGAAUGUUCCUGUGGCCCUCUCAAACCAAGGACUGCCUAUAGGAUUGCAGUUUAUUGGACGCGCAUUUUGUGACCAGCAGCUUCUCACAGUUGCCAAAUGGUUUGAAGAACAAGUCCAGUUUCCUGCUAUCCAACUUGAAGAACUCACAGAUGACUGUUCCUUUCAUCGGUCCUUGCAAAUGACAAGUUAGCUUCUGUUUCUCGACAAUAGUAGUGAUCAAUAAAUGAUGCAAACUAAAAUUUCUAGAGAGUGUAUACUCUAGAGGGUCGAGUAAUCUUGCUCAGUUCUUGUGAUCAGGCUCAUUACCAACACAGCCAUUCCUUAGAAUCACUACUUUAAAUUUCUGGGAUGUAGUGAAUUAACUAUAAAUAAUCUGUCAGUGUUUUUUAAGCAUCCACUAAGUACAGAAUGCAGGAUUUCUGUUGUAACAUGAGACAGCAAGUUCCUGAACAACAAAGCAUUCUACAAAAUGUUGAUUUUAAAGAACACUUACAGUAAAAAUAAGAUUAGGGGUAAACUUUUCUAAACUUGUACCCCCUUGUAACUCGAGCACUAAUAUAAACAAUAAUUGUAUCUCUAGAAAUAGCCUAGGCCUGCCAUUCUGUGUGGUUGAGAAAGCCUCAAGGGACUCUCCAAAGGCACAAAAACAACCAAGUGGAAAUAGUCCUGCCUUCUGAGUGCUAAGCAAAGCAGGUGAAAGGGGAGACCUAUAUGAAGGAGGAAGUGACACCUGCUAGGGCCCUGGAACGUGCUAGAGUCUGGGGGCGUCCUCUAGGGAGGAGCCCCAGCUGCAAACCCUCUUUUGUUAAUCUAAACACAUAGCAGAAGUGACUGAAAACUUUUUUCCUUUUCUCCUUAGGGUUAAAGUGUUAGACAUGUCUAGAAGCCAUUUAUUUUCCUAUUUAUCAGUCACAAAUGAGCCCACUGAGAUAUCAGAGAUUUCACAGAAAUAUUUAAUGCAACCUUGCAGACUGGAAACUUGGUAGACAUCCAAACGUGCUUCUGGUGAGAAAAAUUAAAAGUAUACACAUAACACACCAGUGUGCGACAAGCUUGAAGACAGUGGGGGUGAGGAAGCCAACGAGAGGUAGCCUAUGGCAGGACCUUCUUCCCCACAUUCUCUGUUCCUUGAGCUUUUCUUACAUUCCUGAGAUAUUAAUGGUAGUCUGUAUCUAAUAUCUGGCUAAACAUAAUGGAAGUCAUGCAGUUCCACUCCAUUGGGAGCCAUUUCUUUGUCCUUGCUAGAACUACUUUGUCACUCAUGUCGAUCCAGUGUUUCAACUGGCACUUAAAAACUGUUGGCACAUCAAAGUAGAAAGCUGACAUUUAAUAAAUUCACAUUGUUUAGUAAGCAAAACAUUUUCUAAAUAUGAAGUCCUUGAA